UACAGGGCCUAAGUGGGAGUGCCAAGCACCUUAAGUAUGGCUAGAUGCAGUUUGUAUGGAUUCGAGGAUGAGAAGUGGGGGUCAAAUUAGGCAAUCUCGGUUGGAGAUGCUCUGACCGCGCCGCCGGAACCCUUCCGCACGCAGUAGCUCCUCCUCAGCCCGUCUGCUUGACUGGCGCGGAGUGGAGGGCAGAUCCAUCCGGGCUGACGAUUCUAGGGGCUUCGAGGAUGAGGAGCUGGGCUAAUCGCCCCCACUCAUCCCUUCUCGCCUCUUUCCUCGCGGCCUCUUGGCUUCUCGUGGCCGCAUCGCCUCAGGAAUUGCAUGAAGCAUCUGGAUCCAGGAUUCUUCAUCACACAAAGUCACACACACAUGAGGUGCAUUGUUCAAGGGAACGGAGCCGUGCAGCUUGGAAAGCUGUUGAUGAGUACUUGAUGCCCUUUGUGGAAAAGGAGAAAUAUGAACUCCCAAGCAAGUGUAGGCUUCGUCCUGAAAACGACAUGUUUCGGGAACAAGAGCAACAUAAGAUCCAUUUUGAUGUGAACGAGUGGCGUUGUGGCUUCUGCAAGAAAUCCUUUCGAGCAGAAAAAUUUAUCGAUCAGCAUUUUGCAAACCGGCACAGUAAUCUGUUGGAUAAUAGUCAAGGAAGGUGCUUGGCAGAUCUUUGUGGAGCACUUCACUGUGAUCUGACAAUGGAGUUCAAGAAACCAAAGAGUAAAUGCAAUGCUGCUGCAGCUGCAAGGAACCGUCAUCUUUGUGAGAGCCUUGCAGACAGUUGCUUUCCUGUUAAUCAAGGGCAUUCUGCCAGCCGUCUUCAUGAAUUUUUCUUGCGCCAAUUCUGUGAUGCUCACACUUGCAAUGGGGCCUCCAAACCUUUCCCCAAAGGUGGCAGGAAACAAACAAACAGAUUCUACCUGGCUCUCUGCAUCUUGACGAUGCUGCUUUUGCCUGUGUUCUAUCUCAUAGUAUUUUUACACCAGAGGGAAAUGAAGAAAGGAGAUCAAGUUUUCAAACGAAUUGGAAAAACCGUGCACAAGAAAAAGCCGUCCUAGUUAAGCGGGCUACUGCUUUGGCCUAAUUCCAUUCAUGAAACUUUUCGUGAUGCCUGCCCCUGCUUAUUCUGCAGCCCCGCACGGAUACACAAGAUCCAACAAGCAGUCAUGUGUAAUUUUUGAUAGGUUACAGAACAUAUCCUUUGAUGUAAACCGAAACAUUGUUGACCGCGACAAAUUGCUCCUGGAACUUGGUGCUUACAUGACUCUGUACAGCCAAUCUAAUGUCAGGAGACUGUUGUACAAUAUUCAAGGAUGGGAAAGGUUAAAGCUAUCUAAGUAUUGUCGGUGUUACUGGGGCUGUAGAUUCUGGGGUAGCAACAUUUACUUUAUCUGAGAGGUGCUAUCUAUGGUUUUCAUAAGAAUAUAUAGAGGCCCUUUGAUUUGGUUUGA